AUGGGGAGCCGAAUCCCAUCGCACCAGCUCAGCAACGGGCUGGUGGUGUCGGGUCGACCCGAGCAGCAGCUCAAGGAGCGCCAGCCCACAAUGGCGUCACGCGCCGUCCCCUACACCGGCGGUGACGUUAAAAAGUCCGGGGAGCUCGGCAAAAUGUUCGAUAUCCCAAUCGCCGAUCAUCCUCCUCAUCUCCCAUCCAACGGUCCUCCUCCUUCCAAGCUCUCUGGCUCACGUCCUUCCUCCUCUUCCCAACAUAACAGCGGAUCCGUUCGAUCGGGACCCAACUCCGGCCAGAUUUCCAAGAAAUCCUCCGGGCCCUUGACGCCCCAGCUCCAGCCCACGGGUCUGAUUACUUCUGGGCCAUUGGGCUCGGGCCCACUAGGUUCCGGACCGAGGAGGUCCUCCGGCCAGCUAGAGCACACCGGGUCGAUGAGCAAGGUGGUGUACGGGUCGGCCGUGACGACCUUGAGCGAGGAGGUGAAGGUGGAGUUUCGAGUAUCGAAGGCGGCAGUGUGGGUGUUCAUGGUGGUGGUGGUGAUGGGGUUGCUGGUGGGUGGGUUUCUGAUGGUGGCCGUCAAGAAGUGGGUGAUUUUGGUGGCGGUUGCGCUCUUUUUGGUGCCCGUGGUGGUGGUGAUUGUGUGGAAUUACGCCUGGGGGAGAAGAGGGUUGCUAGGGUUUGUGAGGAGGUACCCUGAUGCUGAGCUUAGAGGUGCCAUUGACGGACAGUACGUCAAGGUCACCGGGGUUGUUACCUGUGGCAGUAUUCCUUUGGAAUCGUCCUACCAAAGGGUACCUAGGUGUGUAUAUGUUUCUACAGAGUUGUGCAAAUCUAAAGGAUGCAGCGGCAAGUCGGAAAGUAAAAAAUCUAGACAUUCAGAGAAAUAUGUGGCUGAUUUUUACAUAUCAGACUUCCAAUCUGGGUUAAGAGCGUUAGUGAAAGCUGGCUAUGGGGCCAAGGUUGCCCCAUUCGUAAAACCAGCCACUGUAGUGGAUGUCACAAAGGAAAACAAAGAGUUAUCUCCAAGUUUUUUGCGGUGGCUUGCUGAGCGCAACCUCUCUACUGAUGACCGCAUAAUGCGCCUCAAAGAAGGGUAUAUUAAAGAGGGAAGCACCGUAAGUGUGAUGGGGGUUGUAAGGCGCCACGAUAACGUGGUCAUGAUUGUUCCUCCAACAGAGCCUGUUUCAACAGGCUUUCAAUGGUUACGCUGCCUUCUCCCAACCUAUGUUGAAGGCCUCAUUCUGACAUGUGAUGAUAAUCAGAAUGCUGAUGUGGUUCCUGUGUAG